GGAGCGAAACAACCGCAAUUCGUCUGGCGUACAUCAUUUGCAUUGACAUCGUCCGGAGAGAGAGUCGAAUAAAGUCCUAUAUUUCAAAGAAGAGAAGUUGAAACAAUACCUAUGAAUUAGCUGAGUGUUAUGGAGCAGCAGAUAUCAAAGACAGUUUGAAACGUCGAGAUUCUUCUCGUACGCAACGAAAACGGGCCGUGCGUUGUCGCUGCGGGUGUGGGGUGUGGUUGGCGACUCCCAUUAUCACACAUUUAUGGUAGCGCCACCUACCCACCGACUGUGUCAUCUCCCACCUCGCUACAAUGGUGGAUUUAAUCACAGAAAAGUUCCGACAUCAAACUCUGGCCGAGUCUCAUUUACGCAUUCAGGCGGAACCUUCACACCCGUUUGCAACUUCUCAGCCGACAUUAUCUGGGUGGUCUCAAAAACCAGAGAAUGAAUCUGCAUUUAAAGCCACCACGAGGAAAAGCUGGGAUGCCACACUCAGUGCCGAAAGCACCAGUAAUGCUUUCUCGGCAUUCAAGGCGACCAAGGUUCCACAGAGAAGUCUGGAGACGCCCACAUUCGGUGGGGUAUAUCGAAAAAAGGUGCCAUGCCAUUACUGUCAAAGUUGCGAGGCAACUCAACAGACACCACCAGCGGCAAAAAAACGACGGUGCAGAUCUCUAUCAAUUCCUAACGGCUCCACGUGGUCGAAUUGCCGCUGCCAUUAUUACAACUCGCCAAAUCUCUGGAAACCUGUGGCACUUCGCCCGCAUCUCAACAAUAACAAACUCUUGAAAAAUCGGAAUUCUCCUUUGGCAUGUCUGCGUACAAGCAGCGGUAGUCUCGGGGCAUAUCAUGGCGGUGCAACAUCAACUUCUCCAGGAGUUGGGCCAAGGUCAUCGUCAGAAUUCUCAUCACCCCCAGAUUCCCCUGUGCCAAGGCCAGCAUCAGUUUCCAGCGGUUACUAUGAUAGUUCGAUGAGUUCGCUCGGUGCGCCAUGGCUGGACCAGACAAGUCCGCAGCACUUCCGAUUCAAUGUAUUCCAAACCCGAAGUCAUUCAAUGGAGGAACAAAUCUCACAAAGUAGCGGCCAGUCUGUCAGUAUGACGGCGGGCUCUAUGCCAAUAAUGACCGAGGAUAUUCCAUCAGUGCCAUCAUCGCCUCGCAGACAGCAUAUUCAGCGAUGUCGCUCCCAGCCAUGUGUUCUUAAUGAGAGACGGGGCCGCAUGAAACGACGGAGGGAAGAGGAUAAUCGUCCCAAGAUUGAUUUCCUCAAAAUGACAGAGACAGCAUAUGAAUUCUCAAAGUUUCGUCAGCCUAAACCAGUCAACAUUUCCCGACCUCAGGACAUUCGAUCCCCUAACAGAACACUGGCGAGCAUCUUCUCAGAACAUGAACAGAUCUUCGGGCUGAAGCCAAUCACUGGAUCUCCUUUAGACAACAGUAUUCCUGGCACUGUAGUCGUUUCACCAGCCACAAGCCCAACCAAGGAAGUCUGUGAAGAAAUGGACACUACGCUCGUGGACAUGGCCGACAGUGGCUGCAGCGAUAGCGGCGACCCACCAGAGAUUGUGAGUUUCCCAAGCGAGACUGGUGGCGACUCAUGUGGCUGCCAUGACAUUUGCACAGAUGAAAUGUUCCAGAUCGAUGUCGGGAAUGAGCUGGAUCUGGACUUGAUUGAAAACGACUAAUUUGCGAAUGUUGUUCUGGUUGACAUCUGCCUGAUCAGGAACUGUACUGAUGUGAAGAUGAAGGCGUUUAUUCUUCAUUUAAUAGUUCUAUGAAUGCCAAAGUUUGGGAAAAACAAUGGAUGCCUCACAAUAAUUCCUUUUUAUGUGAGACUUCUCUUCAAUGUAUUGCCAUCAUUUGCCAUUCAUGGGAAUCUAGAUAGCUGUGAUAUGUAUCCAUAUAAUAACUCCGGUGUUCUAAACGUUGUGGAGUAUACGCAUAAAUAAUAAGGUCAAAGGUUAAUAAGUUGCAAGCUCUUGUGUAGGGCUCUUGGUUGAAAUGGCGGCUCAGGGUUGAAACUUUUACUGCUUUUGUUGGUGCUAUUGUAAAAUAGCCUCAAGGAGAAUACAAAACCAUCGUAGCGAAAUUAUUUGACUUGCAGCUUUUGCCUCAAUGGUUGCAUUGAAAUCUUAGCCCUGCAGCUGUUUAACUGGGUUAGGAGAGUCGCUUGGCAGCAAAGAACUUUAUAUUUCAUUGUUCAGGUGUUGAUGCUUGCCCUCCAAUGGCUUCUGUAUUUCAAAUGCUCGUCUCUUUUUACGGCAGUACCGACAGACAGGGUUACUUUGAUACCAACAGGUGAUAAUACCCACUUGAUUAUUGUAAAAGUGUAGGCAACAUGAGUGAUUCUCCUAAUCUAGGUUAGCAAAGGAAUACCCACCUUAAUUAAACUCAGGUUGAAAUUGAUAUACCGAAAGGCUUUACAAAUAUUUGAUACGAGAGAAUUUAUGAUAAUGUAUGGUAGUGAAAGUAGAUUGUAGUGCAUGUACAUGUAUGUACCGGUACACAUAAUGCGUGUUAUGAAUUGUCUCCUCAGGUGUUGUACAUGUAUGCGAGGUUUAAAGGGAAACUGGCCUAAUACACUAUUUCGUGCAUUUUGUUCAUAUAAUCGGUAAAUUAGUUCUCUGUUAAAUGGAACAUACUCUGUAGGGAAAGAUCAUAGUGAUGAAUGUUUCUAACAACUCUACGGGUUGUAUUUGUUCUGUAGGGGUUAAUAGCGGCAUGGCCUGAAUAUCCUGCCAACAAUCAAUAUUUAAAGUGGGCCACUUUCUCUUUAGAUCAGGAAGGUAAACACCUACAGGAAAUUCAGAUGAAUUAAAUCUAUAAUGCUAUUUUCUCUAAAUUGAUGUUAAAAUUAACACCUUCAGCUCCGAACCACGUCGAUCUACGUGGCCCAAAUCCCCCCUCUUUGAGCUGGUUGUCGGAGUCUCAUGGACUUCAUGAAAGAACUACGCCAUCGCCAUCUUCAGGGUAAGGUAGGAACUGUGGCGUAUUUCUUUUAUGAAGUCAUUUAGUUUUGAACUGCGCCAUCGCCAUCUUCAGGGCAAGGUGUUUCAGUUCCUACCUUGCCCUGAAGAUGGCGAUGGCGUAGUUCUUUCAUGAAGUCCAUGAGACUCCGACAACCAGCUCAAGAGAUGGGCCACGUAGAUCUACGUGGUUCGGUGCUGAAGGUGUUAAAGUGUACAUGUAUAGUAGCAAUACACUUCCAACACAGUCCAUGUACUAAAAGUGGUUUUUUCAAAUUUUUUGAUCAAAAUUGAGUUUGCCUGAUGUAUAUUAACUGCGACAAGUACUUUGUUUCUCUCCCCGCAGUGCUUACAUUAUCUAGUUUUGUUAUCAUGUUAUGUCCAGUUUUUUUGUUGUUAUACAAAACUCAAGAGCAUUGCGUUCAACCUUUUUGCUGUUUCAAAUGCUAUAGAGGGAAGGAUAUUAAAAGUCCAUGUGUAUUCAUCCUUGAACCGCAUAUACCCUGUGAGCAGCUUGAGUUGAGUGGAAAGGCCUUGUGGCAUACAGCAGUUUUUUGUGCUGUACUUAUCUAAUUUGAAUGAAUAAAUUAGAAGUCUUAUUUUAUGUUGCAAUGAAAUUAAAUACGAUGAUAGUUUGAUUUGCCAGUUUAAGUGCAUCAUUUCGUUUUCCCACGAAUGGUUUAUAUUUUCAUAAUGAGCGUUGGGAGAUAGUUUUUUUUGCCAGUUCUGUCUGUAUUUUUCAGAGUACUUGUCAUUGGAUUGUUGUAGACUGGAUGCGGUUACAUUCAGGUUAUUUUUUCUCUAGCAGAAAUAGCUCGCUUUGAAAUGAUAUUUUCACUAAUUUUUUACUCAUCAUUUUUACUGAAUUUUUUGACGGAGACAUAUUAAGGCGGCUGCAUAUUUUUUAACUUUUGAAAAACCUUUCCAUAUUUGUAUAUCUGAGUCUCGAACAACUUCAGUCCAUAUGUUAAUGCACAAAUGAUCAGUCCAAAACAAACUACGUUUAUUUCACCCUAGCUUGCCAGGAUUGGCUGUUUCGAGUUUCACUUUAAAACACUGCUCAUUCUGGCAAACUCUGUGAAAUGUAGAUGUCCAUGUAUUGCACAAAGUGUAGUUCAACGUUAGCUAUCAGUUCUAUUUGACUUGUGUCUGUGUAAAUUCUUGAUAAUACUUUAGUGAAAUAGACAAUAUAUCUAUCAUAAAGUUGAGACAACACUGUCUUGCUUGUGACGAAAUGUACAUGAAUUCUUUGAUCAAAUGACUGCUUGACUCAUACAGUACUAUUUGAGCUAUCACCACACAAAUUCCUGAUCUUCCUUUCUGAUAUAUGGCGUCAACUCCCUGUGGUUUCUCAUACAUUCUAUACUAGUAUAGUGAACAAAACAGUGUGGCAGUAUUAGCACCCCCGUCCAUUUGUUCUGUCUUAUAAAAUCAUUGUGCACCAAUUCAUGAAUGUGGGCAAACUCUUUUCGGAAAAAAAGGUGAUGCAUGUUGAA